AUGACCGAAAACACUUCAUCAGAGCCAACUUCAUCGGAGGCGCCUUCAAACCCACCGCAUACCUACGAUCGCAAUCAUCCUGAUCAGCAAGAGGUGACCGCAAUCCUUGCAAAGUUCAACAAAGAUCCCCUAAGCAUUAUAUCGCUUGGAAAAGACGGUGUCUUACGAACUCUUUCGGCUGAUCGUGCGGUUCUUGACGCAGUAGGUUUGAGCCCACGGCUGGUCAAAGCCUUCUUGGACCGCGUUCCACCGGAGUAUCGCGCGCUCACACCAGAGCUCGAGGAUGUUGAUGGAUCCAAUGCGACAGAGGAGGAGCUGUGGCACCCUGACGCCAGUUUGCUGCCACGACCCAUGAGUGAGGAGCAGAAGAAGAAGGCACUGGCGCAACUAGAGGAAUCGCAGCAACAGCAGGCUUAA